CUGCUGCACAGCUGGGCACUCUGGGUUUUGUUUUUAAUUAUAAGUAAUGUAAUUACUAAUAGUACAGGAAAUUCGAGUCAGAGAAUUCCAAAAAGAUGCAUUGUUUCCUGAGAAAAUGUCUCGUGAAUCAAGUGACAAAAAUCAAUAAAAGAUGUAUCAAGUUUUCCUCGAGUAUAUCUGAGAACCCGAAGACAGAAUCAUGUGUAAAGCCACAAAUACCAAGAGUCUACGGUCAACCGACUCCCCAGAGUCAUCCCCAUCUUGUUCGACCCGGAGAGCUCGUUCCAGGAAUAAAACUCCAUGAAUUUAAAGAACGCAGGACGAAACUGUUUGAGAAAAUAAUAACCAAGGGGUACGUUGGUAAAACAUCCUCUAAACACAUACUGAUAAUCCCUUCGGCAAGCAAAGUCUACAUGUCUGAUAAAAUUCCGUAUGUUUUUCGGCAAAACACAGACUUUAUGUAUUUUUCUGGCUGCCAAGAGCCAGAUUGCGCACUAGUGAUGACAAUAGACGGUGACAGCUACACGACGACAAUUUUCAUGCAAAAUAAAGAUGAUAAAACGGAAUUAUGGGACGGUCCGAGAACAGGGGCGGAGGCUGGGGCUGAAUUAUUUGGAGUCGAUCAAGCGUAUCCUAUGAAAGAUCUGGAGUUAUUCGUCUCGUCCUUCGUUAAAGGGCACCAGAACAACUGUAACCUGUGGUACGAGGAGAAGGAGAUUAUUCAGAUGGACGUCCACAGGAAAAUGGCGCAGGUCAUCAAGACCACUGGACUGAAGAGCAGAUCCUCUCCUAAGACUUUUUUUCAUGAAAUUCGGCUGAUCAAGUCUGAGAGUGAGGUGGAGCUCAUGAGGGAGAGCUGCAGGAUCGGGUCGAAGGCCAUUGCCAGGACUAUUCAAACUGGAAGGCCUGGAAUGAGCGAGCAUCACAUAUUUGCCACAGUUGAUUACGAGUGCAGGAUGAGGGGGGCUGAGUAUCUUGCGUAUCUGCCGGUAGUUGCUGGGGGGAGCAAUGCCAAUGUCAUUCAUUAUGUGGCAAAUAAUCAGAUCGUAAAGGAUGGCAGCAUGGUUCUCAUGGAUGCUGGCUGUGAAUACCAUGGAUAUUCGUCGGACAUCACGAGAACAUGGCCCAUAAAUGGAACGUUCACUGAUCCUCAGCGAGUUCUCUAUGAAAUUGUUCUGGAAACUCAAAAAAUACUGAUCAAUCAAUUGGCAGAGCUUCCAACAUUGGACAUGCUCUUUCACGAGAUGUGCAGGAUACUGGGGAGGAGGCUGCAAGAGGGUGGCCUUAUCCCCAAGACCAUGAAUGAUAAUCAAUUGAUUUCGGCAGCCUAUUUGUAUUGCCCUCAUCACGUCAGUCAUUAUUUGGGGAUGGAUGUGCACGACACUGGGACAAUUUCUAGGGGUGUUAGAACACAACCUGGAAUGAUUGUCACUGUGGAACCAGGGGUUUACGUGAGCUCAAAAAAUAAACUGGCACCACCAGAAUUCUGUGGUCUUGGCAUCCGGAUAGAAGAUGAUGUUCUAAUAACUGACAGUGGCCCUGUAGUUUUGACAGAACCCUGUCCAAAAGAAAUAUCAGACAUUGAAUUUCUCAUAAAGUCCAAUAAAUCGUAAUGACUGCUACAUUUAAUGUACAUAAAAAAUUCACAAUGGAUAAGUA